CCUGAUCUCAUCAGAGGUCCUUGUGCUGGAUGGAAACUAGCUGCUACUCUGUGGGUGGGUUGGUGUCUGGCUGGAGCAUUGAUGCUGUGUGCAGCGCACCUGCUCCGUGCGCAGCAUUCUCUCCCCUCCUCUCUCCUCCUCUCCCCAUCCUCUAUACACUGAGCUCUCACCAUCCAGAAGGGACACGCCUGGCACACGGGGGACACGGAAAAAAAGGGAUUUCACUGGAAAUCAGGAAGAGAAAGGAUGCUCUCCGGCACAUAGCAAGAGGGGAAAAGGGGAGAAGAAGAAGAAGACAAAAGCAUCACCCGGCCGUGGAUUAAAAUAACAUCCACGUUCUGAUGGACCGAAAAUAGAAGAGGUUAUUCCUAGAUCCUGUGGGAGGUUAUUGCACGACCAGAGCUAGGAGGAGAAUCCUGUUUGUCUGCUCGGGUUUCCAUUAUGAAAGGGCCUGAAUAGUGAAAUAAAAGGUGCAGGAUGAAAAUAUGGCACAGGCACGACUUGUACCACCAGGACCUGACAGCUUCCACUAUUUCACCAGGGAAUCUCUUGAGGCUAUUGAAAAACGGAUUGCAGAGGAAAAAGCUAAGAAGCCCAAACAAGAACACAGAGAUGACGACGAUGACAGUGGCCCGAAGCCAAGCAGUGACUUGGAAGCAGGCAAAAGUCUGCCAUUUAUAUAUGGCGACAUCCCACCAGGAAUGGUGUCAACACCACUGGAGGACCUAGAUCCCUAUUAUAUGAAUCAGAAAACUUUUAUAGUAUUGAAUAGAGGGAAGGCAAUCUUCCGUUUCAGUGCCACAUCUGCCUUGUACAUUUUAACUCCUUUCAAUCCUCUUAGAAGAAUAGCUAUUAAGAUUUUGGUACAUUCAUUAUUCAGCAUGCUCAUUAUGUUCACUAUUUUGACCAACUGUGUGUUCAUGACAAUGAGCAGCCCUCCUGAAUGGACAAAGAAUGUAGAGUACACAUUCACCGGAAUUUAUACAUUUGAAUCUCUCAUAAAAAUUCUUGCAAGAGGCUUUUGUUUAGAAAGCUUUACCUUUCUUCGGGACCCAUGGAACUGGCUCGAUUUCAGUGUCAUUGUUAUGGCGUAUGUAACAGAAUUUGUAAACCUAGGCAAUGUUUCAGCUCUUCGAACUUUCAGAGUAUUGAGAGCUUUGAAAACUAUUUCUGUAAUUCCAGGCCUGAAGACCAUUGUGGGAGCCCUGAUACAGUCGGUUAAGAAGCUUUCAGACGUCAUGAUUCUCACAGUGUUCUGCCUGAGCGUAUUUGCACUUAUUGGGCUGCAGCUUUUCAUGGGACACUUAAGAAACAAAUGUCUGCUGUGGCCACCAGACCCUCGAUCGUAUGAAAUAAAUAUCACUUCCUACUUCAACAGCACAAUGGAAGCAAACAGCACAUUUUUUAACAGGACUAUCAGCACGUUUAAUUGGCAGGAAUAUGUUGACGAUGAAAAUCAUAUGUAUAGACUGGAAGGUCAGAGAGAUUUUUUGCUGUGUGGCAACUCUUCAGAUUCUGGUCAGUGUCCCGAGGGAUACAUGUGCGUGAAGACCGGAAAAAAUCCUAACUACGGUUAUACAAGUUUCGAUACAUUCAGCUGGGCAUUCUUAUCCCUGUUUCGACUUAUGACCCAAGAUUACUGGGAAAAUUUAUACCAACUGACCCUACGAGCUGCCGGUAAAACCUACAUGAUCUUUUUCGUGUUGGUGAUUUUCUUGGGCUCCUUCUACUUGGUCAACUUGAUUCUGGCUGUGGUUGCCAUGGCUUAUGAAGAACAAAACCAGGCAACGUUGGAGGAAGCUGAACAGAAGGAAGCAGAAUUCCAGCAGAUGCUGGAACAGUUAAAGAAACAACAGGAGGAAGCCCAGGCGGCAGCUGCAGCAGCGCUAAACUUAUCAAGAGAAUAUAGCUGUGAAGGUGGGUUUGGCCCACUUUCAGAAAGUUCUUCAGAGGCUUCAAAACUGAGUUCAAAAAGCGCCAAAGACAGAAGGAACAGGAAAAAGAAAAGGAAACAAAAAGAGCUGGGAGAAGGGGACGAAAAGGGAGACGAUGAGAAAUUCCCUAAAUCUGAAUCAGAAACAAGUAUAAAAAGGAAAGGAUUCCGUUUCUCCAUAGAAGGAAACAGACUGACCUAUGAAAACAAGUUCUCUUCCCCACACCAGUCUUUGCUGAGCAUUCGCGGAUCUCUGUUUUCUCCGAGGCGCAAUAGUAGAGCCAGCCUAUUUAGUUUCAGAAACCGCGCAAAAGACGUGGGAUCGGAGAAUGACUUUGCAGACGAUGAACACAGCACGUUUGAGGAAAACGAAAGCAGGAGGGGUUCCUUGUUUGUACCGCACAGACAUGUUGAACGGAGGAACAGUAACAUUAGUCAAGCCAGUAAAGCGUCAAAGACCCAACUUCCGGCAAAUGGGAAGAUGCACAGCACGGUGGAUUGCAAUGGAGUGGUCUCCCUGCUUGGUGGUCCAUCUGGUCCGACUUCGCCUACUGGACUACUUCUGCCAGAGGGUACUACUACUGAGACCGAGGUGAGAAAAAGACGCUCCAGCUGUUACCAGAUGUCUAUGGAUCUUCUGGAAGAUCCAACAGUUACAAGACAGAGAGCUCUAAGCGUUGCCAGCAUCUUGACAAACACGAUGGAAGAACUCGAGGAAUCCAGGCAGAAAUGUCCACCUUGUUGGUACAAAUUUGCAAACACCUUUCUCAUUUGGGACUGUUGCGAGAACUGGUUAAGAAUAAAACAUGUUGUGAAAUUGAUCGUGAUGGAUCCAUUUGUAGAUCUCGCCAUUACAAUCUGCAUUGUAUUAAACACCUUGUUCAUGGCCAUGGAACACUACCCAAUGACUAAUGAGUUUGCCUAUGUCCUCUCUGUUGGAAACCUGGUUUUUACUGGAAUCUUCACAGCAGAAAUGGUGUUCAAGCUGAUUGCGCUGGAUCCAUACUAUUAUUUUCAAGAAGGCUGGAAUAUUUUUGAUGGCAUCAUUGUUAGUCUGAGUUUGAUGGAAUUGGGGCUGGCUAAUGUAGAAGGUUUAUCAGUUCUAAGGUCUUUCAGAUUGCUCCGUGUAUUCAAGUUGGCCAAAUCCUGGCCCACUUUGAACAUGCUGAUCAAGAUCAUCGGUAACUCCGUGGGAGCUUUGGGAAACUUGACCUUAGUGUUGGCAAUCAUUGUUUUUAUUUUUGCCGUGGUCGGGAUGCAGCUGUUCGGUAAAAGCUACAAGGAAUGUGUCUGUAAAAUAGCAGAUGAUUGUAAACUUCCACGCUGGCAUAUGAAUGACUUCUUCCACUCCUUCCUCAUUGUGUUCCGGGUGCUAUGCGGAGAAUGGAUCGAGACCAUGUGGGACUGCAUGGAGGUUGCAGGACAAUCUAUGUGCCUCCUCGUCUUCAUGCUAGUGAUGGUCAUUGGAAACUUAGUGGUUUUGAAUCUGUUCCUGGCUUUGUUACUCAGCUCAUUCAGUUCGGACAACCUCACCGCUACAGAUGACGACAAUGAAAUGAACAAUCUUCAGAUUGCAGUGGGAAGAAUACAGAGGGGAAUAGAUUUUGUUAAAAAAACAGUGCGUGAAUGCAUCCAAAAAGCCUUUGUUAAAAAGCAAAAGGCUCUAGAUGAAAUCAAACCGCUCGAGGACCUGCAUAACAGAAAAGAAAGCUGUCUAUUUAAUCAUAAUGCGGUGGAAAUACAUAGAGACCUCGAUUAUCACAAAGGUGGGAAUGGAACAACUAGUGGUGUAGGCAGCAGCAUGGAAAAAUACAUUAUGGAUGAGCAUGACUAUAUGUCCUUUAUACAUAACCCAAGCCUCACUGUAACGGUACCUAUUGCUGUGGGGGAAUCUGAUUUUGAAAAUCUCAACACUGAAGAUUUUAGCAGUGAGUCCGAUCUGGAAGAAUGUAAAGAGAAGCUUAAUAUGACAAGCUCGUCGGAAGGGAGUACCGUGGACAUCAGGCCCCCCGGAGUGGUAGUAGAAGGAGAUGGAGACAUUGUAGAAGUGGACCCUAGCGAGGAAGCUCUGGAACCAGAUGCUUGUUUUACAGAAGGCUGUGUGAAGACCUGCCCUCUUUGCUAUGUGAAUAUUGAUGAAAACAAAGGAAAAGUGUGGUGGACAUUUAGGAAGACCUGCUACACUAUUGUGGAACACAACUGGUUUGAAACGUUCAUUAUCUUUAUGAUUCUCCUUAGCAGUGGUGCUCUGGCGUUUGAAGACAUUUACAUUGAGCAACGUAAAACCAUAAAGACCAUGUUGGAAUAUGCCGAUAAAGUCUUCACGUAUAUCUUCAUUCUGGAAAUGCUUCUGAAAUGGGUGGCUUAUGGAUUUGUGAAAUACUUCACCAACGCCUGGUGCUGGCUGGACUUCCUAAUUGUAGAUGUGUCUCUUGUUAGCUUAGUAGCUAAUGCCUUGGGAUACUCUGAACUAGGAGCUAUUAAGUCCCUUAGGACACUAAGAGCAUUGAGACCACUGAGAGCCCUCUCACGGUUUGAAGGGAUGAGGGUGGUCGUGAAUGCUCUAAUUGGAGCGAUUCCAUCCAUCAUGAACGUGCUUCUAGUUUGCCUUAUUUUCUGGCUAAUAUUCAGUAUAAUGGGGGUAAAUCUUUUUGCUGGCAAAUAUUACCACUGUGUUAACACGACGACCGGGGAAAUGUUGCCUGUUACCCAAGUUAACAAUAUAUCAGAUUGCAAAAGGCUGAUGAGUGCUAAUGAAACCGCCAGAUGGAAAAACGUCAAAGUGAAUUUCGAUAACGUCGGAGCUGGGUAUCUCGCAUUGCUCCAAGUGGCAACAUUUAAAGGCUGGAUGGACAUUAUGUAUGCUGCAGUUGAUUCACGUAAGGUAGAAGAACAACCUAUCUAUGAAGACAACCUGUACAUGUACCUGUACUUUGUUAUCUUUAUCAUCUUUGGUUCCUUCUUCACUUUGAACCUCUUCAUUGGUGUUAUUAUUGAUAAUUUCAACCAGCAAAAAAAGAAGUUUGGAGGUCAAGACAUAUUCAUGACAGAGGAACAAAAGAAAUAUUAUAACGCAAUGAAAAAGCUUGGGUCAAAAAAACCUCAAAAACCCAUUCCAAGACCACCAAAUAAAUACCAAGGUUAUGUUUUUGAUUUUGUCACAAGACAAGCUUUCGACAUCACGAUCAUGAUCCUUAUCUGCCUGAACAUGGUAACCAUGAUGAUUGAAACAGAUGAGCAAAGCGAUGAAAUGGAAAACAACUUGUACUGGAUCAAUUUGGUAUUCAUUAUUCUGUUCACUGGUGAAUUUCUUUUAAAACUGAUCUCGCUGCGCCAUUACUACUUCACCAUUGGCUGGAACAUUUUUGAUUUUGUCGUUGUAAUUCUUUCUGUUGUGGGCAUGUUUCUAGCCGACAUCAUUGAAAAGUAUUUUGUUUCACCAACCUUGUUCAGAGUUAUCAGGUUGGCUAGGAUUGGAAGAAUCUUGCGUCUCAUUAAAGGAGCAAAGGGAAUUCGUACGCUGCUAUUUGCAUUGAUGAUGUCACUCCCUGCUUUAUUCAAUAUUGGUCUCCUGCUCUUCUUGGUGAUGUUCAUUUAUGCCAUUUUCGGAAUGUCCAACUUUGCCUAUGUUAAGAAAGAAGCUGGAAUCGAUGAUAUGUUCAACUUUGAAACUUUUGGCAACAGUAUGAUCUGCUUGUUCCAAAUUACAACGUCUGCUGGGUGGGACGGGUUGUUGGCACCAAUUCUCAAUAGCGGAGCGCCAGACUGUGACCCAUACGUCGAACACCCGGGAAGCUCUGUUAGAGGAGAUUGUGGCAAUCCAUCAGUCGGGAUCUUCUUUUUUGUCAGUUAUAUCAUCAUAUCUUUCUUGGUCGUGGUAAACAUGUAUAUUGCUGUUAUUCUGGAAAACUUUAGUGUUGCUACGGAAGAAAGCGCAGAACCGUUGGGAGAAGAUGACUUUGAAAUGUUCUAUGAGGUUUGGGAAAAGUUUGACCCAGAUGCGACCCAAUUUAUAGAGUACAGUAAAUUAUCUGAAUUUGCAGAUGCCCUCGAUCCACCCCUUCGUAUACCAAAACCCAACAAAGUCCAGCUCAUUGCAAUGGAUCUCCCAAUGGUAAGCGGUGACAGAAUUCACUGCCUUGAUAUCCUGUUUGCAUUUACCAAGCGUGUGUUGGGUGAAGGCGAUGAGAUGGAUGCUCUUCGGCAGCCAAUGGAAGAGCGCUUUAUGGCAUCCAACCCUUCCAAAGUCUCCUAUGAGCCAAUCACAUCUACUUUACGGCGAAAGCAAGAAGAAUUAUCUGCCCUAAUUAUUCAACGUUGUUUCAGAAAAUACCUUUUAAUAAAAACAAUUAAAAAAGCUUCAUAUUUAUACAGAAAAGAUAAAUUAAAAGAGGUAAAUAGCUUGCCUAUAAAAGAAGACAUGGUUAUUGACAAGCUUAAUGGAAACUCAACCACAGAGAAGACAGACAUGACUCCUUCGACAACUUCGCCUCCAUCUUACGACAGCGUGACAAAGCCCGAAAAGGAGAAACAUGAAAAAGACAAAGCAGAGAAAGAGGACAAAAGCAAAGACACCAGGGAGAACAAAAAAUAAAACUGCACAUUUUCAUUUGUGUGUUAAAUUGUUUACAGCCUGUGAAGAUGACCUGUUUGUGUCAACAGGACUCCUCCCGGAGAUCUAUGCCAAACUGACAGUUCUUGCAUAUAUGUACUCAAGGUCCGUGCCUAUAAAACAAGACAGUGACCUCUUGUCAAGUGACGGUAUAACAACCUUGACUGGCAGUUACUGUUUUCAUAACAGUUGACACUUCUUAACCCGAGAGCCGUAAAGGCCUCUCAAACUUUUGGGACCAGUCGAGAAAAUGCACACCUCAGCCGUAUGUGUGUUUCACAUAAAACACCGUAGUACAAUAAUCGUGUCCACUGUUUGCAUUUCAACUGCCAUAUGUUUACAAAAAAUGUGUUAGUGGGUUAACCAUUUUUAUUUCGUUUGUAGGUUGUUUAUUUUAUAUAUAUGUGACUAUUUUUGUACAUGGGUUUUACAGUAUGUUGGGGAUGUAGUACUAAUUUUGAGGAAAUAUUAUACGUCUAUGAAAUACAGAGACGACCAUACACUGUAUAUUGGAA